AUGAGAGGCCGACCCGUUGAGGUGCUCGUAUACGAGUACAUGUUUCCUAAGCCCAAGACGUUCGAUCCCCAGGACUUCCAAGCCCUGCUUCAGCGCAGCCUGAUUCCCGAAGUUCGUCAGGAGACCCAUGCCUUCUAUGGCCAUCUUGAGACGGAGGAAGCCAAGUAUCCCGGCCUGGACUACACUCAUCCGACGCACCGCAUCCGACUCAGCCGCUGGUCAUGGCAUCGCCGACUUUUCAGAGCUUUCGACGGCCUGGGCCUUACGCACGCCGAGAUUUCUGCUCUCACGAAAUGGGAGGGAACCAAGUGGGCUAAAGACAAGUUCGAGAAGGAACAGGGCAUCGUCAUCAGAGACACUGCGGCCGAUGGAUUCCCAGACUGGACAGAGCCUUCCCGUCGGGCAUCUGCUCAUCAAGGCCGAUCGGUCAGAAUACACACCAUUGACAUUUCGAGCUUAGACGACGACGAAAAUAUGGAGACGGAGGAGAGCGACGAAGAACUGGCCAGCGUCGGCGUUUCGCUGAACCAGCAACUGCGCGCGCAGGCCGCCAGGCGCGAGGCCGGCGACACGUCUGCCGUCUUGGACGAAGAGUGGGAGCAGUGGCUUAAGAAUGCAAUUGAGAGUGGCGAGCUGGCAGUUCUUACCGAGCGGAUGACCGAGGAGAUGUUGGGCCAGUCUCACUCGUCCAACCCCAUGGUCGCCAGCCUCCUGCCUGACGGCAUGCUCCAUAUGGCUCGCGCUGGCCAGUGGUCAGAGAUUCCCGAGUUCCUCCAGCCUUUGCUUCGGCGCACAGUCGCCCACGAGAAUUCUGCCCGCAAUGAGCCCAUUCUGACUUCGGCAACGCGAUCUACGCUGCAGUCGACCCCUGGCCGUUUGCCACCACCCUGGAUUCGACGCACCUACUCAGACCUCCGGCUGCCAACAGGAGAUUCUUCUACUAGCCAAUCUGGUACUCAAACCUAA